UCUAGUAGCACCCACUGAGCUAAAUGCCUAAAAGACAAAAACUUCCCUUCCUUCUUGACAACCACUUUCCCCAUUUUGUGUGUGAUUGAUUGUGUGGAAAUUACAGUGGUGUGAUAUGGAAAAUGGUGCUUCAGGAUCAGUGAGGGGUGGUGAGACAUGGAAGGCACAGUUGACCAUGUCAAUGGUGCCCCUAAUCUAUGGAGCAUACCCUGUCAUCACAAAAGUUGCACUCAAUGAUGGAGUCAACCAACUAGUCUUCUGUGUCUACAGAGUUCUCAUUGGCUUUUUCGUCCUUUCUCCUUUUGCUUAUUUCCUAGAGAGGCAGACGCGACCGCCCGUUACUAAGCACCUACUCAUGUCAUUCUUCUUGCUUGGAUUACUUGGGAUAUUUGGCAACCAGCUUUUGUUUCUUAUUGGUCUAAACUUGACCAAUCCAACAUAUGCAGCUGCCACUCAGCCAGCCAUUCCAGUCUUAACAUUUAUGUUUUCUGCAAUCAUGGGCACAGAGAAAGUGAACUUGCUAAGAUAUGAAGGUGUGGCAAAGGUUGGAGGAACUAUUAUCUGUGUCUCUGGAGCCAUAUCAAUGGUGUUGUAUCCCGGUCCAGUUGUUAUAGGAAAUCCAGAAACAGGAAUGGAGCAUGUAUCACAGAAUCCAUCUGGGUUGAAGGAUGUAGGAUUCGAUCAAUUCCAACUUGGGGUUAUCUGCUUAAUAGGGAAUUGCAUGUGCAUGGCAGGUUAUCUAUCAAUUCAGGCAAAAUUGUUGAAAAAGUACCCCACAAACCUGUCCCUCACAGCAUAUUCCUACUUCUUUGGAACUGUAUUAAUGGUGAUAGUAUCGAUUUUCAUGACGGACGGGAUAACUGACUGGACUUUGACACAGUCAGAAACACUUGCUGUUCUUUAUGCUGGAAUUAUUGCAUCUGCUCUUGGUUAUGGACUCAUAACAUGGUCCAACAAGAUUUUGGGGCCAACUAUGGUUUCCUUAUAUAACUCCCUUCAACCUGCAUUCGCUACCCUGCUGUCCCUAAUUUUCCUUGGAAGUCCUGUUUACUUGGGAAGCAUCCUGGGAGGAACUUUUAUCAUUGUUGGCCUAUAUAUUGUUACUUGGGGAUCUUACAAAGAAAAGCAGGCAGAUGCUGCUGAAAAUCUUCCUUGUGAAUCUUGUGUUUCUGAGCCACUUAUUCAUGAAAAGACUGUGUGUUAAAAGGCUCAUUAUUUCAUAGUCCUCUAAUGCUUCCCUUAAAUUAUUAGCUUAGGUUAAACAAAUGUCGGGGAUUCGAAUCCCGCCUUGUGCAUGCAGCAACCCAUUGGCCAGCGGCAAACCCUUAAAUGGAGCUCAGUAUCGCGACGGAUUAGUCCCUGAUCUACCGGGUUGGAGGAUACCGUGAAAAACCAAAAAAAAAAUUAUUAGCUUAGGAACUUAAUUAUGCAGUUUCAUUUCUGCUUAUAUGUUUCACAUCAUAUCUCUUACUCUAUAUUAUUCUUUACUUAUGCCAAUUGUGGGCAAAACUAUGUUAAUGAAAUUGAAUAGAAUAAACAUAUAUGUCUACUAUAUCUAUAAUGCUAUACAUACACAUUUUCUA